AUGAAGGUGAUGUAUGAUGCAAUGACUGGUCAUGAACAUAUGGUUGAUUGGAGGACUAUAUUUCAUAGAAACUUGGCUAGACCUAGGGCAAAUUUUGUUACAUGGAUGCUGUGUCAUGAGAAGUUGGCAACUAAAGAUAGACUUAGGAGGUUCAAACUGAUCACUGAUAGCAUAUGCAGUAUAUGUAAGGAGGAUGAUGAGUCUAUUGCUCACCUGUUUUUUGAGUGCAGGGAUAACAAAGAUGUGUGGUGCCAAGUUCUGAAAUGGAUCGAUUAUGCUCACAGGCCGCUCCCCUGGAAAGAGGAAUUGAAGUGGAUCACUAAGGAAGCAACAAAGAAAGGUUGGAAGACCAGCCUCUUAAAACUUGCUUUCUCUGAAACUGUUUACGGCUUAUGGUAUAGAAGGAAUAACAUUGUCUUUGCCAAAGGGACUCACACUAAUAUAGUUCAUAGUAUUAUAGAUAGUAUUGUAUACAGAAGUUGGUUGUCUAAGAAGCUUAGAGACCAUGUAGCUCAAUUGAUGAUGUAA